AUGGCUGCGGCGAACGCAAGGGACGUGGAGGUAGUCGAUUUCGACUCCGAUGACGACGACCUCAUGGACGACGACGCCCCCGAGGCCAACGCGGCCUCCGCCCCGCGCCUCCGCUCUACCAUCGCGGCCAGCGGAGAUUCCUCCGCUGCCGCGCGCAAGACCAAAGGCCGCGGAUUCCGCGAGGAGCCUUCCUCCUCGCGGCCCUUAGCCGGCCGCUCCGAUUUCGACUCCCUCGGCUCCGACCAUGGCCCUGGACCGCUCAGAUCUAUUGAGGGGUGGAUUAUUUUGGUAACUGGCGUUCAUGAAGAAGCACAGGAGGAUGAUCUCCAUAAUACUUUCCGGGAAUUUGGGCAGGUCAAGAACCUGCAUUUGAAUUUAGAUCGUCGUACUGGGUUUGUCAAAGGAUAUGCUUUGAUUGAAUAUGAGAGCUUUGAUGAAGCCCAGGCUGCAAUUAAAGCAAUGGAUGGAACUGAGCUUGUUACACAGAUACUAAAUGUUGACUGGGCAUUUAGUAGUGGCCCAGUUAAGCAAAGAAAUGUUCGCUGGAGAUCAAGGAGCCCUGUCAGGAGAAGAUACUGA